AUGGCGAUGGCGCUGUCGUGGCGAGGCGGGUGGCGGGCGCGAGCGGCGCGCGCGCUGCUGCUGGCGCUGUGGGGGCUCGCCGUGCUGGGCCUGUCGCGCCUGCUCGCGCCGCGCGCCGCGCCCAGCCGCGCCCCCCGGCCCGCCGCCCCGCCCACCUACUGGCAACUGGCCCACAAACAACGCAGCCGCUACAACCACUCGUCCCAGACGAAGGCCUGCGCGCGGGCCCCCUCCGCCUGCGAGCUCGUACUCUCCGACGCGUAUUGGCAGACGCUGCGCUCGAGCGGCGGCGACGUCCUGCUGUACGGCGCCUACCUCGACGUGCGCAGCGCGUCGCGGCUCGGCCCCGCCGUGCGGCUGCUGGCCGUGCGCGGCCGCACCAACCGCACCACCACCACGCACUGCCAGCUGUGGUACGAGGACCGGGCCGACGACGUCGUCGUGGAAGUGGUGGAGCACACUCCGGUGUGGAACAGCAAGUGGAGCAGACCCCGCGCCGGCGAGCUGCAGCCGUACCUGCUGGCGUGCGUGCUGCCGGUGGCCGCGCGCGCCAAGCGGCCCGCCGCCGUGUCGCUGGUGGAGCGCCCGUGCGACCAAGCCACCAACUGCCUGCAAGUGCAGUUUGACGUUCCGCCUGAUUGCUCACAGAAGGAAUUAGCCGUCUGCGUCAAGGGCCUCGACUUCCCUCGCGACGACCUAUCCGUGCGUCUCGUCGAGUGGAUCGAGCUUGUGCGGCUGCUCGGUGCCGACCAAGUAUUCUUCUACCAAGUUCAAGUCCACCCCAACAUGAGCAAAGUGCUCGAGUACUACCGCGCGCGGGGCGCGGUGGAGGUCACGCCGAUCACGCUGCCGGCCGAGCGCGGGGCGGGGCGGGGCUGGGCGCCGCGCCUGCGGGACAAGUACCUGAAGAAGAAGAAGACGAUGCACGAGCGGCGGAUGGAGCUGGUGUCGUACAACGACUGCCUGUACCGGCACAUGUACCACUACCGCUGGCUGGCGCUGCUGGACGUGGACGAGGUGAUCGUGCCGCUGCAGGACCCCGACUGGAGCUCGCUGCUAAAACGAGUGCUGCCUCUGGCCGAGCUCACCCGGGCUGCCUGGCAAUCGCCACCGUCGUCUUACCACGUGUCCCACGUGUACUAUUUGGAGACGCAGGGGUGGGAGCUGGACGUGCCCCGCCACAUGUACAUGCUGCAGCAGGUGUACCGCGCGCGCCACUUGUCCGGGCCGCGGGCGCACGUGAAGGCGUUCCACGAGACGUCGCGGGUGGUGGCGCUGCACAACCACCUGCCGCGCGCGUGCCUGGGCGGCGUGUGCGCGUCGCUGGCGAUCCUGCCCGAGCACGCGCGGCUGCAGCACUACCGCGGCGAGCGCCGGCCCGGCGGCGGCGGCGGCGCGCCGGUGCGGGACGCGGCGCUGCGGCGCUGGGCGGCGCGCCUCGUGCCGCGCGUCGCCGCCGUGCUCGCCGACCUGCAGCUCACGCCCCUCGACACCUGA